AUGUGCAACAGAGACUGCCUAUUCAUCUCCAUUCACCACCGAGACGAGUUAUCUCUUCAAGUAGAAACACGCAAUACAUUCAGUGCAUACCAUUGGGGAGUUUUGUUAGCACCAAAAAUAUCAAGCGGAUGGGAUAAUACAGCAUAUGAUGUUUCAAAUGGUAUUAGAAUAGAUAGUGAGACCCAACAAGAUCUGAAUGAAGCAAGAGAUUGGUUCUUCAGCACCAAGGAUAAUGUGAAUCCCCUUGCUAGUGGACGGUUAAUAGGGAGGGUCAAAAUCUGCACUAUUCCUUCAGAAAUGACGGGGGAUGGCGUUAAAAGAAUUCUUGAGGAUGUUGCUUUGCCAGAAAAGGAAUCGGGCGAGAAGUGUCGUCAUUGGGUUUGGAGGGCAAUAUUCAAUCUGCAAAAGGCAUCGGUUAUUCCAAAAAUUGAUAUUGAAAAGCUGAAGCCUUGGAUAUUGGACUAUGCCAACCAAUGCCUGGAGAACCCUAGCCCAGACAAUAUUUGCGAAUAUGAAGAGACGGAUCAAUAG